AUGACCACACCUAUUGAUGUUGCCAUUGACUCUGUUUGGACCAAGGCAACUUAUGUUGGGGUUGUUGGAAACUCUAAUGAUGUUUUACAAGACCUGGAUCACUUGGUUUUCCCUCAGGAAUUCCAUGACACUGCUGCAGGAAUAGGAAAUUGCCCUUGUAUCCAUCCACUUGGAUCCAAGGAAGGAGAAAAUGUUGUGUUCUUUACCAACAGAGAAAUAAUCUCUCUAAAAGAAGAUGUGAAGUUUACCUUAGUAGGGAAGUUUCAGUUGGGACACCCAAGAAUGGAGCUGAUUAGAAAUUUCUUUGAAUCACUUCAAUUUAUUGGUAAUUGGAAGAUAGGGCUGUUGGAUGGAAGGUACCUACUCAUCCAAUUAACAACUGAGGAAGACUAUGCCAGGCAAUCUAUAAUCAUUGCUGGAACUACCAUGAAAAUUGUAAAAUGGACCCCUGAUUUUGAUCCAAGCAAAGAACCCCCAGUAGUCCCUAUUUGGUACAAAUUCCCUGGGCUUCCACUUCCUUUCUUCAAGCUGAAUGCACUGUUUAACAUAAGGAGAGCUCUGGGCACACCUUUGAAAGUAGAUGCACCCACUUACAAUAAAGCCAGGUUAGCUUUGGCCAAAAUACAAGUGGAAAGAGACAUCACCCUCCCUGAAGUGAAAAGAAUCUGGAUUGGCUCAGAUAAUGAUGGUUUUCGGCAGAAUAUUGUCCCUGAACAGAAGCCUUAUUACUGCCAACACUGUAGAAUGUUUGGCCAUACAGUGGAAAGAUGCUACAGAAUACAUCCACCAAUCAAAAGAAAUACUGGCAAAGAUCAUAAGGAAACAG